AUGAAUUUUGUAGUACUAAUGACGGUGGCAAUCUGUCUUAUUGGCAGUAGCCUGGAUGGUGCCCCCACACCUUGUGAACUGCCGGGCGUGGAAGACACUGUGUGUGAACAAACCGAAUAUGAAGCAUAUCGGGAUUGUAUCGAAGAGGCAAAAGCGCAUCGACAGAAAAGACAAGCACAGCCUUGUCUACCGCAUAUUAUCGAACCUGUAAUACAAACGGCACAGCCGUUCGAAAUACUAGUGCCUGUGAAACCAGUUGGAUCAAUGCCAGCUGGACCGACGGUAGUUAAACCAACCCGGAAACCCAUGCUCAAGGAGCUGGAUCGCACAGUCAUCGUUGCUCCUGAUACGAGUCAGAUCGACGAUGAAACGGAAGACUACGAAAACAGUGUACACUAUCGUGUGCCCGUCAAUGUCACGACAGUCAUUCGCCUCACCAACAUAGUGAACAACACCAAUCACAUACAUAUGCCAACCACGCUUAACAACACUAACGUGAAUAAUAUACAUGUGUAUACGAAUCUUACCGAUGGCAUACCGGACGAUGUCGCCGAACCGAACCGAACUGGCUCCAAAAACGAACCCUGCUGUACGGCUGUGCGACCCAAAUCCUGUCAUUCGUCAUCGCAUGGAAUUCGCUGCAAGCAUCAGAAAUCCCAAACCUGUGGCCCUCAGUGCACCUCUAAGAUUAUUCACAUACAGAAGCGGAAGCGGUGCAACAAAACUACGGGCGACUGUGAGGAGAAGAUCGCGUAUGUACCCCAGCCGGAAAAGCCUACCUGUGUGUACAUUGACGAUUGGCCGUACGUGGUAUGCGGAAAGCUGGCCAACAUGAGUGUUGUAUGUGCUGGGUGCUACGACCACUAUGGUGUGGGCUAUGAAGCGUUUAACGGGCAUUCGAGAAUUCAUGAUCACUGCCGCGGGUGUUAUGAUGACGCAUUCGACGUAGGUCCAAGGUACAGACGCGGGCCAGUCCUGCGUCCAUUCUACUACCAUCAGGCACCUUGUUUCGUUACCGGUGACUGUGCCAACAGCUACGAAAAUUGCGCACCCGGCUGCUACGGACAUGAUCAGAUCGAUCCUGCCUGGGGAAAUGUGGGUAUGCCGUCGUUUGAUCCUGCGCUCGAUCCGUCGAACAUGAUCUACAGCGAUCCGGACGAUUUCCGCGUGUCGAACGAGGUAUCAGAUGAUUGGGGUGUACCGACGGCCAAGUGUGCCGUAGUUAGGGACGGUACGACCGUUACGAUAAAAAAUUGUACGCUAGGUAUCGAUAAUCCGUACAUGGCCGCUCCAGCUUCCCACCCUCGCUACAAGGAAAAAUGGGAGGAGAAAAAGCCUACUACCAGUACCACCACCACGGUAACGUUAAUAACCGAUGAUGAAACGGAUGGCAGCUUCAACUCAGGAGAUGGUGUGACAAAUAAUGAUUUAUUUUUCGGAGAGGAAUAUGAUGAUGAGGAAAACUUUUGA